UAACUCGGCACCAGAAGGUUGUUUAUACAUUUUCUACUCUGAAGACAGGCGAAGCAAGGAUUUGGUGAAGGAAAUAGGAUUUCCCAACGUUUAGGGGGUUUUCCUCUGUAUUACCAGCACAGACAGUUAUCAUCUUCAGUCAUGGCUCCCUCACUGGCCACAGCCUUCUCCAGGCGAUGGUGGAUGGCGAUUACUGCGGUGAUCGAAAACCUGUUGUUCUCUGCUGUCCUGCUCGGAUGGGGCUCACUGCUCAUUAUGCUAAAAUCAGAGGGCUUUUACUCCUACCUCUGCAGAGAACCAGGUAACGGUACAGGGCAGAACGUAUCUGAGAAUGAAAAUGAUACGACAGUAGUCCCAAGAGCUGAGGAGGAGGAUAAUCUUCAGAUGAAUGGCUGGCCCAUCUGCAAAGAUCAAGACGAGAUGCUGAACCUGGCCUUCACCAUUGGCUCCUUCCUCCUCAGUGCCAUCACUCUGCCCCUCGGCAUCAUCAUGGACAAAUACGGCCCGCGCAAAUUAAGGCUGCUUGGCAGUGCCUCGUUUGCCCUCUCCUGCAUCCUGAUUGCAUAUGGAGCAAGUGACCCUAGAAAUCUUUCCAUCCUGAUCUUCUUUGCCCUGGCGCUGAAUGGAUUUGGAGGAAUGUGCAUGACCUUCACCUCGCUCACACUUCCCAACAUGUUUGGUGAUCUCCGCUCCACUUUCAUCGCACUCAUGAUUGGCUCGUACGCCUCAUCCGCUGUCACCUUCCCAGGAAUAAAGGUGAUCUACGACCUCGGUAUUGCCUUAAUCACCAUUCUUCUGGUGUGGGCUGGCUGUGCCGGCCUGGUCUUCAUCAACUGCUUCUUCAACUGGCCACUCGAGCCCUUCCCAGGACCUGAGGACAUGGAUUUCACUGUGAAGAUCAAGUUCAGCUGGCUGGGCUUUGACCAUAAGAUCACAGGGAAACAGUUCUACAGGCAGGUGACCACCGUUGGUCGGAGGUUGAGUGUUGGCAACUCAAUGAAGAACAAUCCACAACAGCUGGCUGCUCAAGACGGAAAUAAACUCUGCCUAUCAACCCUCGAUCUGGAGGUCCAGUGCAAGUCUGAGGAGGAAUCCCAGUCCUUCAUGCGGAGCAUCUUUAGCCCCAUAUUCAUGCUCAAAUUCCUUGCUGUCUGUCUCUUGUCCUCUGUUUGCACUCUCUUCUGUCAUGCUGCUUGGUGUGUUUUUUCAGUGGAGAGGAUGGAAAUGGUGAGCACGUACACAUCUAUCUUCGGGGUGCUACAGUUGCUGUGUCUCAUGACGGCCCCUGUGAUUGGUUACGUCAUGGACUGGAGGCUCAAAGAGUGCGAGGACGAAAAUGAGAAACAAGUCACAAAGGAUCCUACUCAGCCAAAGAAACGUGACAGACAGAUCCAGAAGAUCAGCAAUGCCACCCGCGCAUUCAUCUUCACUAAUUUGCUGCUGGUUGGCUUUGGCGUGACCUGCCUGGUGCCCAAUCUUCAUCUACAGAUUUUGUCCUUUGUGUUGCACACCAUUGUGAGAGGCUUCAUCCACUCUGCCGUUGGGGGCUUGUAUGCAGCUGUUUACCCGUCUUCUCAGUUUGGAAGUCUGACGGGAAUGCAGUCCCUCAUUAGCGCACUUUUUGCAUUGUUGCAACAGCCUCUCUUCAUGGCCAUGAUGGGUCCACUGGAUGGAGAUCCACUCUGGGUUAACGUGGGGUUACUGGUCCUGAGCAUGCUGGGAUUCUGCCUGCCCAGUUAUCUUCUGUGCUACGGCAGGCGGCUGCGCCGAGAGAAGCAGGAGCGCGAGGAAGACCCCAAGAUCUAUGUCCAGAUCAACAACGGCACAACCCCCGAGGCCUUUAUCUAACUGCAAUGCACAAAUGACAGCAGCUAGCAUAAAGAGCAGGAAGAAGGAGGGUGGGAAAUAAAAGAAGAGAACUGAAAGUCACAAGAAGAGUGAUAAACACCUCCCUGAUCCCUCCUUCUGUCUGUCACACACAUUCAUGUAUUCCCAACAGGCACAUAACACUCAAACAGGCACAAAAUACAGCCAAAGCAACCGAGAGUCUCACAACGUGCCACGCAAACACACAUUUACACACAAAGGACUGAAUGGACACUGUGAAAGGCAGGUCUAGAAAAAAA